ACGGCUCACGCCUAGGGAUAACCCAAUAGCGAGCCCUAAAAGGCGAAGCCUAUAAAACAUAGAACCAAAGAGCGCUUGCUGUAGUUUGGUCUGGCUUUGCGAGACUAGUUGUAGACCAACUUCGGAAAACUGUAGUUCCACCGUAGAGACGCUAGAGGUCCGCAAUACUCCCCCUCUCUCACAAUGAUGUCGGUUAGAAAAAGUGGAAGCACAUUUUCAUCUCUCCUUGACCCGAUGACGUUUUCCACAAACGUUAAGUAAAGGAGGCAUAAAGGUUAGGAGAUUUGACUAUUCAUACAGGCAAGGCUGGCCCUGGGCAUAGGGAGGGACGAGUUACCUUAGUUACCCACUUGAUACAUCAUUCUGACCGGAGAGGAGAAAGCUAUCUAUUUGCACAUCACAAUGUCAAAGAAACCUAAACACUCUGGCACCCAGGGGAGGAAGAAAACGAAAGAAGAGGAGGAAAAACAGGAAAAGAAAGAAGUACAGUAACUUUAAUUUGUUUAUCUUUAAUGUAGGCCUGGCUGGCUAUGGCCAACUGGUCACUUUGUCUGGCUCUUGUUCACCUUUAUGUCUUUAUUUCUCUGGAGCUAACUGUUCCCUAUACAUAACUCCGCUUAAUACAUGGCUAUUGGUUUAAUUUAUUCACUUAUCGAAGCAAUAUGUGGUUUUAAUAUUUAGUAAAUACAAAUAAUCCGCCAACAGUUGUCAGGGCGUAGCGCGUUGCCAAGCAACGUGUAAACAACUUAACCGGAGUUAACUAGUCAUGCAGUGUUUGUUUUAAAAAAAAGAAAAGGAACGGCAGCUCUUUACCUAGUUGGUCCGCACGCUUCACUGAAAAUCAAAACAUGUCAGCUAUUCAAAUAGGUCCAUAACAGUUUGUAACCCACAGUAAAAUGGGGGUAUUAUCCUUAAAUUAUCCAAUGCAUUGUAGCAACCAUUGUUGGAGCAGUGUUUAAUUUCAAGCUGAUUUGGAUGAUAGUUGACAUAUCUUACAUUUCCAAUAUCUUCCAUAUAAUAAUAUAUCAUUGUAUUUUUACACUUCAGUUGAGUGCUUGUUUAAUCUCUGGUUACAACCAAACUAGAUAAACCAUAUUUAAUUGCAUUUACAAUAAUUUGAAUCUGAACUGAUAUCUAUUAUUUUGCUUAUCAAUGCCUUUAGUUAACAUCAUUCAUUUCUUUGCAGUAUUUUGUGCAUACCUUAUUGUAUGAGUGAUUCAUUGUCACUUGUUUUGCAAGACUUUUUUUUUACUGCAAAAUGUUAAAAGUUCUAACGUCUGCAGUAUUUAAUGCAUACCAUAUUGUAUUUAUGAUUUGUUGCUUGUUACUAGGUUUGUAAUACGUUUUGUGUUCACGUUUUGAGUCUCAAAGACAAAGCUUUGUAGCUUCUCUGAGUUUAUAAACAUUGGUAGUCGAAUUUACUGCGCGAUCGAAAGGGGUAGGGGGCGCCAGCAAAAAUCUUGCCUAGGGCGCCAAAUUGGUCAGGGCCGGCCCUGCGUACGGGUCCCCUGGGACGCAGCUAAGGAGUCUCACCGCGUCCGCCAUCUUGUCGUCACGUGACAGCACUUGGACGUUGGAUGUCCUACAAGCCGCAGGGAGACAUUAUAGGAGUCAGACGGUGGCGUUAAUGCACUGAAACAUAUUUUGAAUUUACUGAAUGAAAACAAGAAAAAGAGAAGUUUAAUCACAGUUUCUGUUACUUCUCGCCGGUAGUCAAAUAUGUUAAUAAACAUGUCGCCGAGCGGCUCCACUUUGGAAGAACAGCUUUCGUCCAUAAUGGACGUACUUGCGAAAGCGGCCGUAUCUGAAAUUAGCCAACUGUUCUCGGAAGGCUCGACUACCCUUCGCUUACAAAUAACUCAGAGCCUGAAAGAAAACGAAGCACUUAGGACGAGGAUGAAGGUGAUGAGGAGUGAGCUGUUUUCUUUGCGGCUUCAAACGAGAUCAAAUUCAUCGCGUGCGGCAAGUCGUUUCGCCCUGGCUCGAGCCAACAUCUGCAAACCGAGGACUAAAUCACAGGGAAAUGUUCUAAAGCCCCUGAUGGACAACAAGGCGGUUGGAAAUUCCUCUUUUCAUUCCCCAUCCACAAGUGAGGCUUCCACCGUUACAAAUCCAGCAAAGCAGGAGACCCCAGACAUAAUAUUUAUCAAGGAUGAGGAGGAUAUGGGUGGAUGCAGGCCCGCUGUAGAAGACUGCGAUGCCUUUGGAGACUGCAGCACGCAGCGUGCCGCUACCUCGGAGAGUCUGCAUGUGGACGCCCCUGGCUCCUCCCACAUGUCCAGUCACGACGGUGACCUGCGGAUCCUGAGCGUCCACGGACAAGUGGAGGGCCCACUGGCGUCGGACGGCAAUGACACCCUCUUCACUGCGUCCGAACUGGAGGCCCUGAGCUUGCUAUCCCCGGACCACAGCAUCACCCACGACAGCCUACUCAGCCUCAACAGCGGCCCCAGCGAGAGGGCCCCUUCGCAGGGGACACAGGACAGCAGGGGAGGUCUCGUUAGAGACGGCUAUGCAGAACGGCUCCAGCGCCUCCAGGCCGCCUCUCUGUCCCUGAAGCACGCCGCGCUAGAGGCCGGCGACAAGGGAAGGCGAUUGGGCAACCUCGGUGCACAGUUCCCACUGCAACACAACUUGGACUCUGAGAGGUUCUUCAGCCACAAGGAGCCAAUAGCGCACCAAACGCAGGAGCCACCUGCGAUGGCCAACAAGGCAAAGCUUACCAUGCAUAUGCGAAUCCACUCCGGCGAGAAGCCGUACGUGUGCGUCCAGUGCGGGAAGAGCUUCGCACAGAGCCGCAGCCUGAAGAUCCACAUGAGGACUCACUCCGGGGAGAAGCCUUGUGUGUGUCUGCAGUGCAACGCCCGCUUCAGUGACCCCAGCAAUUUGCGUCGGCACAUGGUCAAACACAAGGGUGCCCGCAAUUUUUCGGCUUGAGGUCUACCGUCAAAAUAAUCGACCUACAUUAAAAAAUGCUAAAUGUGUAUAUAUACUAAAUGCAAACUCUGAUGACUUGCACUGAAUGGAGUCAGCCAGGGUUGCAUAGUCCGGACAGUAGCUUCUGGUUGCUAGUCUCAAUCAGGCUUCCAAAUGCCAUCAGUCAUAGUGAAAUGGUAUUUAUACCUAAUAAUCUUCAUGUGGAAAAAGGCUGAUUGGCAUACAUUUAUAUAGGCAAAUAAUGCAGUCAAGGAGGUAGCACAUUUCCUCCACUUUCUAUUUGCUGUCGUCUUUCUACUGCCUGUAUUUUCUAGUUUUUACCUUGGGUUUUACCACAAUGGGCAAUAAUGGUUGAGUUCUACUUUCUACAGAUGGAUGAUCAACUAAACAAUGUCACUGGUUAAAUGUAUAGAUCUCAGUGAUGCUUGAAUCAGUUUACGGUCCUCCCUCUUGAGUGCAGCAUUAUUCUGAUGGGACAAAGCCUUGUUCACCCUUCAUUCCUCGUUUGUCUUUAGAAAGUUAAAAUAAAAGGAUGAUUAACUCAUCAUGUUAACUUAAA